ACAUAGUGGCUCCAUUUGAGGAAGAUUGCUUAUCUCUCUCCUCCUGUCCACAACUCGACUGGGCUGAGAAAUCAAUCUAACCUUCCAAACAACUCCAGGAGUUGCUCCUCAUCGGGAUGUGUUUUAAGAAGCACUGAUGGACUUUAAUGAAAUUUGGACCACUGUGAAUCUCCUAAACGACUAUUUCAAGUAUUUGUCUUGCGCCAUUCCGAUGAAUGCUGCGCCAAACGGCGCUGCCUAAACUGACACAGCCUGCGCGGACUCCCGUCGAUACUCGGUUGUAUUUGUGAGAGCGAAAGAAAAGAUCUGGUGAUUUGGUCCCGGAAUGUUAUUGGGGAGGAAAGGCUGCUUUGGUCAGACGCAAAAGUUUAAAGAAAGUUGGGACAAAGAGAAAACGUUGUGGUCUUCAUGUAAAUGCGCGCUUUCUGCGCAAACAUCACUUUUAUUUUUCCGUCUGGUGCAAUAUCGAAAAAGAUAAGAAACAGAAGAAUCAGUCAAUUGUGUGCGAAAGUCUUUCUCAACUACUCGUGGCUGUAAAUAACUUGUUGAAUGAGCAGCGUGUCCCUGGAGCGCAUUUAAAUGACGCUGCCAGUGGCAAAGAGCACAAUUGACAGAAGAUCAAGUUCAGACAUCUGCUGACUUAUGAAGAGUGCCACUCCUGUCUACACAUCAGAUCUGACCGUUCGUUGACCCUUUCAUCAACUGUCAACACUAGCAAAGAAUCUCAGUUUUUGACACAUCAUCCAGGCAGAAGUGGUAGCAAUCAAAGGCAAAAUAACUGAAUGGAGGCUAAUUGUUGCCUAAAGCUUCACACACAGAAGUAGUAAGAUGCUGCCACAGUUCUCAAAUGCCCCACUGCACUGUUCAGAGCCGCAUUUAAUUUAGAACAUUCUCUGUGAUACUGUCUAUUCUGUGACAAAGCAGCAACUGAAGAAAUCGACAGAAACCAUACCAAAUGCGAGCAGCGAUGUUUUGGCCUGUAUUGUUCACUCUGCAGGCUGUGUGCACCAGUGUGGUGCAUGCUAUGCAACAUUACCCUGCGGCCUGGGGACACUAUGACGUGUGCAAGUCCCAGAUCUAUACAGAGGAGGGCCUGGCAUGGGACUACAUGGCUUGUCAGCCAGAAGCCACUGACAUGACAAAGUACCUGCGAGUGGCCCUUGACCCCCCAAAUAUCACGUGUGGAGAUCCGCCAGAAACGUACUGCGCUUUGGAGAAUCCGUAUAUGUGCAACAAUGAAUGUGACGCUGCCACUGAGGAGCUGGCUCAUCCUCCUGAGUUGAUGUUUGACUUUGAGGGUCGCAACCCCACUACUUUUUGGCAGUCAACGUCAUGGAAGAAAUACCCAAAACCUCUGCAGGUUAACAUCACGCUGUCAUGGAACAAGACAAUUGAGCUGACUGACGACAUUGUACUGACCUUUGAGUCGGGACGGCCAGAGCAGAUGGUCCUGGAAAAGUCGCUCGACUACGGCCGGACCUGGACCCCCUACCAGUUUUAUGCCACUGACUGCCUGGACGCUUUUACCAUGGAACCCAAGACAGUGAAUGAUCUCACCCAGCGCACUCUGCUGGACAUCAUUUGCACUGAAGACUACUCCCGAGGCUACGUGUGGAAGAACGAUAAGACGGUACGUUUCGAGAUAAAGGACCGCUUUGCUCUGUUUGCUGGCCCUCGACUACACAACAUGGCCUCCCUAUACGGGCAGCUGGAUACCACCAAGAACCUGAGGGACUUCUUCACGAUUACUGAUCUGAGGAUUAGGCUGCUGAAGCCAGCCACUGGGGCCACCAUGGUGGAUGAGAACAACCUAUCCAGAUAUUUCUAUGCAAUCUCUGACAUCAAAGUGCAGGGCAGGUGCAAGUGCAACCUGCAUGCCAACAGCUGUGUGUUUGAUAAGGGGAAGCUGGGCUGUGAGUGUGAACACAACACCACAGGGCCAGACUGCAGCCGCUGCAAGAGACACUACCACGGAAGAGCUUGGAGUGUGGGCUCCUACCUCCCAAUACCCAAAGGAACUGCAAAUAUAUGUAUUCCCAGUAAUCAUGGACCAGUGCAUCGAGCAAAUGCUUCAUCUCUUGGUGUUGCAAAUCGUAACCAAGCUCGAGUGUGUGACAACGCAAUGCUGCGGUGUCAGAACGGCGGCACAUGCCACCACCAUCAGCGAUGCCAUUGUUCCCCCGGCUUCACAGGCGUCCUGUGUGAGAGAGCUCGCUGCCAGGGUCCCGGGCAGUGUGAUGACCAAUUGUCUGGACGGGCCUCUCUUCAUCAUCAGCCCAUAGGCUGCCAGCUUGCUCUUACCCUUGUAGUGCUCCCACUAUUGAUUGUUUCCCUUUGCUGAGAGACCUGAACCAAAUCCUCAACCAAAACACUAAGACCGCAAAUGUUGAGGCUGAACUCUCAACCUUAUAGACAUGAAGAACAAGAAUUUGUGGACAAUGUGCUCAGCGUACUUAUAAGCAACUCUUUUGUAUAUCUGAGGCCACAGUGGUGGGUGACAGUGUUUGUAGUGCAAGGGGUUGUGCACUGAUGUGUUAUACGGAAUGAUAGAAGGCUUGGUGAUGGCACUGCUCUCUUAUAACUUCACAGAGGAAACGACUGGAGCCCUUGCUUUGUGAUUGGCUAAUACGUCUUUGAAAGCAGACUGGAGACUCAGACAGAACUACCCACAUUUUGAGAACAAACUGUACAAACCUAGACACAGAUUUCUAAGUAUCAUCUGAAGUUAUUAAAAAAUAAUAGCGUGGACGGGAACAUCUUAAAACAUCUCGCCUCACUGCCUCCUUCCUUACUUGUUAUCUUCCUCUCUCCUUUCCCUUACUCUUCCCUGUUCCCCAUACCUUUCCUCUUCCUGUGCUUUGGUGACCCUAGUGAUUUACUUUGCUGACGGGUGUCUGUUGUUUUGCCAAACGCUGCACAUGUAUUAUUAUCAAGCCCCUUGCAAGUACCAAUAUAGUAUUUUUUUUUCUUUUUCAGAGGCUUUGUAGUCAUGCUUAAGCCCACCUGUAUGGGAAAAAAAGUUGUAACAUACUGUAACUGUAUUUAAUUUUGUAUAAAACAGAUAUUUUCAUGACUACGCAGAUCAAAAGAUGUAUUACUUGUUUUCUAUUGCUGCUGACCCGUUCUACAGUAGAUGUGGACUAUGAGUGAGUAAGGAGUUUGGUUGUAUUAUUCCUUUGCUUGUGUGGCACAUGGUUCUCUUUGUCUGAGAGCUGCUGUCAAAACGAUGUUUACAUACACACUUACACAAUACACUUCCACCAAAGCGGAAAAAGAAAAACAUGUCUUUGUCUUGUUGUUGAAUAGUAGUAAUUUUAUUCAGUAGUAACAUGACAUUUGAGACAAUAUAUGUAGCGUGAAACAGUGUAUUGUUUGUAGAUACAUACAAGCCAGUGACAAUAGCUGAAUGUCAUUUUAAAUUAUUUUUUAGAACUAUCAAUGCCAAUCAUUGACCAUUUCACUGAAACAACAGCUGCUGAUAUAUCAGUCAACAAAUAACUUCCUGGUUCUCUACGGUUGUUUCUCAUUUUUUUUAUUUUCAUUUGUACUGUGCUAUAAUACAUAUUUGUUGUGCUCAUGAAACAUGGAAGUAUCAGAAAAAUGUCAAGCCAAAUCCCAUUAACUUUAUGUUUAAUCUAACAAGAAGACUCAGAGAAAAGGAGGUUGCGCGUGUAGCAGAGGUUGUCCUGUUCAAAUCUGUAAUCAGAUCUAAUCCUUGAAUCAAAUGGGAAGAGGGGAAGGUUUUCUGAGCUGGAACGGUUUAAAGCCUGCAUCCUGCUGCGGGAGCCCCCACAAAAGCUACACGUUCAGGAAAUGAGUUUUAAUUCAUGGAGGGUCAAUGAAUAGAAAUGAAGUCACGUCCCACUGGGUGACAUAUUGAGGACUGAGAGCAAUUUCAUUUGAGAGAUUAAUUUUACUCCUGAGGUUGUCAUGAUACAUCUAAUUGUGCUGGAUUCUAAUGUAAGUGCCUCUUAUUAAAUGACACUGUCUAUGAAAAGAGUAGCAAAUGCCUUUUGACUUUUGGAAACUAAGAUAAGGUAUUAAUCGUUUGAUUGAUAGUGCAAAAAUCUUAAAAUGGGACAGGAUGAAAUUUUUGGAAGAGAAAAACAAAGCUUAUGGUCAGCAUAAACAAGAAACAAUGUGAGGCUGUCAAAUAACUGCAUUUAGAAAGUAAAUCAGUAACAUCAGAAUUGGUGUGCUGUGGGGUGUAUAGUGAUCAUACAGAGCUGAUGAGGUCUUUUUUUUACAGCCUUUCCAUGAACAAAAAUACUUUAGCAAAACCAUAAGGAACAAGAAAAACCCUCAGAGAGCGCAGUACUCCGAGAAGGCUGCUCAGUCGUUUUAUGAUUUCCGACGAACGAAGUCUUUAAACAAUUUGUAGUCUGCAGCGGUCAAUUUGUAGUAGGAUCACAAUCGUGAUGGUCAGCAGGCAGCUGACGUAGUGUUCACUUGUUGUCAUAGUUACAGUGACCCCAUGCCGCUAUCUUGAAACGAUACAGAAAUCUUUAACAAAUCCAUGCAUCCAGACUAUAAGUCACAUCACUGCCAAAAUCUAAUCAAUCGGUCCUUGUCUCAUUUCUGAUCUCUGAAAAUUUCAUCCAAAUCCGUCAGUCCAUUUUUGAGUAAUGUUGCAAACAGGCAAACAGGCCAACGUCGAUCGUCACAUAACUAAUAAUAACAACUAAGAGUAAUUAGUAGAUUUAUCAACUAAUAUAAUCUGCAAAUGUUGUCAGGUUCAGCUAACGACCAUACUAACCAUGCUAGGAACUUGCACUUUCAAAGAAACGGAAUGUUUAAUGUGGAAAAGAUCCAUUUACAAUAACACAUUCACUGUGUAGUAUUUUCCACAUUUGUGGACACCAGCGGAUGCUGUCAGCAUCUGACACCAAUCCUAUUAUCCACAGUAGCAUUAAAUUCAUCAGCUACAAUCUGAUGUGCUCAUCCAACUAUGUAUCUAAGUAUGUAAGCUAAAGGCUGCACAACAGGGUUGUGCUAUAUUAGAAUGAAAGUGUUUUCCUGACCAAAUAGUCUUACAUCAUAUCAUCAGCUGGCAAUGCUGAUUUUUGCCUGGGACAUGCAGCUUUAGCCUAAUUUUUUCAACAAGAUACAUUUGACCUCAAAGACAGUGCAUCACCUAAUAAUUUUACAUUUCUAACUACUUUUCAAGAAAAACAAACAGAAGAUGUUAUUCAUGCUGUAGUUAAGGCAAAAUAUCUGACAGCUGCUCUUAGUACAACAAGAUGACAAUUUUCAGCCUUUAUAAAACAGUUUUGGUGAGCGUCACAUUUAUGGUGUAAAUGUUAUCAGAAACCAUUGAGUUGCUUUAGUUGAUCAUUAGAAAUUUAAAACAAAAUAAAAAAGUUCACCAGGUGCCAUCCUGCCACAAACAGAAUGACUGUAACUCUUGUAGAACGGGCUUAUAUUUCUGAAAAGAACAGCUGAUGUAUUAUGAUAUUAGUAACUACAGGGGUCAGUCUUAUCUGAUACAGUCUGUAAGAAUAACUGGGAACAUUACAUAAUUAUGUAAGCUAUCAGUCAUUUCAAUAAUAAAGACAUUUCUAAAUGGUACUCUUUAAAAAAAAGUAAAACUAAACAGCUCAGUGUGAAAUGGCAGAAGGCAGCUUGGAGACAGAUUUAUAGUAUUUAGCUAACUUCAGCAAUCAACUCUGUUAGCAACAGAUUCCAUAUUAUUGGCUAGAAAAGACUCGCUUUCUAAUUUUGAUCUUCCCCAGUUGCUCUUUCAAGCAAUACUGCAGCAACCCUGUAUCUGUCCAGCAUUGUAUCACUUUCUGUGAUUUAAAAGUUUUCUUCAAGGUUCCUUUCACUGAACGAGCUCUGCAGAAUGUAAAGUGGCACACUUGAGACUAUUUGUGGUGACAGUUUGUGGAAAAGACGUUUUAGAGCAGUUUGUGUGCACGCAUGUGUGUGUGUGUGUGUGUGUGUGUGUGUGAGAGUGUGUCUGUGUCUGUGUGUCUGUGUGUCUGUGUCUGUGUGUCUGCAUGUCUGCGUGUGUGCGUGUGUGCGUGUGUGUCUGUGUGUGUGUCUGUGUGUCUGUGUGUCUGUGUGUGUGUGUGUGUGUGUGUGUGUGUGUGUGUGUGUGUGUGUGUGUGUCUGUCUGUGUCUGUGUCUGUGUGUCUGCGUGUCUGUGUUUGUGUCUGUGUGUGUGUGUGUGUGUGUGUGUGUGUGUCUGUGUGUGUGUGUGUGUGUGUGUGUGUGUGUGUGUGUGUGUGUGUGUGUGUGUGUGUGUGUGUGUGUGUGUGUGUGUGUGUGUGUGUGUGUGUCAGAGGACUAAUGCAUGCAUGGAUGGUUCAGUGUGAUCACAACAGCAGCACUUCAGAGACUUCAGGACCAAUGAAAAAGUCAACAAACUGACCUUUAAAGGGUUAAAAUCCAGAAAAUUAAUGAAUAUUUGCCAGUAGCAUAUGCUUGUCUCAAAGAUUAAGCCAUGCAAGUCUAAGUACACAGGGCCGGUACAGUGAAACUGCGUAUGGCUCAUUAAAUCAGUUAUGGUUCCCUUGAUUUUUCACUAUUUUAAAAUCAGGACUGAUGUUGGUUAAACAAUAAGUUUGGUGUAAGUUGUUGAAAUUGUUGAGUUGUUUUAUGAAUUGUUGUCAUUUUGGACAGUUUUGAGUCUAUUAGGACAGUUUGUUUCUGGGCAAAUUUUUAAUAAUUUUGGGUAUUUUUUGUAAUUUGGUCAAAGGUUUUGAGACAUUUUGGUCAAAUAUUUUGGCAUUUUACUCAAAUUUUGAGUCUUUUAGGACAUUUUUUUUGUCUCUGGUAGGUUUUUGAGUAAUUGUGGACAUUUUAAAAUAAUUUUGGAAUAGAGACUGUUUAGACAAAUACUGAAUCAUUUUGCACAAUUUUUUGAUUAAUUCUGAACAGUUUUGAGUGUAUUUGGGCAAAUUUCGAGUAAUUACGGACAUUUUCCAAAUCAUUUUGGAAUAGCUUUGAGACAAAUUGCACAAAUAAUGUGGCAUUUGCACUAGUUUUAAGUCUAUUAGGACAAUUUUAGUUGUUCUGGGCAUGCUUUUGAGUAAUUAUAGACAUUUUUUCAUAAUUUUGGAAAUAGUUUUGAGACAUUUAUUGAGACAUUAUUGAAUCAUUUUUGCACAAGUUUUGAGUCAUCCUGAACACUUUUGAGUCUAUUUAGACAAAUUUCAAGCAUUUCUGAGCAUUUCUCAAAUCAUUUUGGAACAGUUUUGAGACAUAGUGUGCAAAUAAUCAAGCAUUUUGCACAGGUUUUUUUGGCAUUUUCGGCACUUAAAAGUUUUUCGGUUUUAAAUCUAUUAGUACAAUUUUUAGUUGUCUUGUGCAGAUUUUUUGAGUGAUUGUGGACAUUUUAAAAUAAUUCUGGAAUAGUUUUGAGACUGUUUGGGAAAAAUAUUGAAUCAUUUUGCACAAUUUUCGAGUUAUUCUGAACAGUUUUGAUUCUAUUUGAACAGGUUUUGAGUUGUUUGGGGCAAAUUUUGAGUCAUUUUGGAUAUUUUUUUGUUCUUUUGUUAACAGUUCUGACAAACACUGGACUAAUAAGUCAUUUUGCACUAGUUUUGAGUCCAUUUGGGCAAUUUUUGUUGUUGUUCUGGGCAUGCUUUUGAGUAAUUAUAGACAUUUUUUGAUAAUUUUGGAAUAGUUUUGAGACAUGUUGGACGAAUAUUGAAUCAUUUUGCACAAUUUUCGAGACAUUCUGAACAGUUUUGAGUCUAUUUGGACACAUUUCUAACACAUUUUUGUCUUUAAGAUCUGACAUAAAAUAAUCUUUCAUCAGAAUUAAUGUUGCUGCUAAUCAUUGACAAAUCCCAGACUGUGAUAAUGAAAAUAAAAAAAAACAAAAACCUUUAGUAUGUUGAAAAUAAUCACGUUUUAAAAAACAACCACCGCAGCAUCAUGUGACCAAACUGGUAUUUAAAAUCCUGAAAAUGAUUGAAUAUUUGGUCAUUAUGAUCAGGACUGUUGUUGGUUAAAACAUUUACUCAGUGAAAGUAGAAAAUAAUAUUUACAUAAAAUAUAACAGGACGUGUGGCACAAAACAUUUGAUAGAAACCGACAUGUAUUUUGUUGUUUUUUUAUUUUGAGUUCAUUUAUUGAUUUUUUUCUCGUUAUUUUUUAAAAUUUGAUUUUUUUUUUUUUAGCUUUUUUUCUAUGAAUUUAAUUAGUUUUGUUAUUUUACUAUAAAAUUUCGUUAUUUUACUAUAAAAUUUUUUGUUUAACGUUUUCUAACUUUCAAGUUGGCUUGUUUUCUCACAGAGCUCAUGUUGGCUUCAGGUGAAUCACAUGAGCGCUGUGAGGAGGUCUGUUCAUCUAAGUGGGCCUACAUUUUGAAGGAAACAUGUUUUCGAUGCUUCUUGAGCUGCUAUUUUUUUUCCUUCAAACUACAAGGAGGAAAGGUGGAGAUUGCAUCCUGUAAAUCAUUUGAAGGCUCUUGUGAAGGGUCUUCCCACCGCUGACAAGAACCGGGCGACUGCAGGUUUCUUUUUUGGAUGAGCCAUCGCGUUCACAUGCUUUUUAAAAAUAUUCACAACAAUGUGAUCAAAAGACGGAUCUUCUGGUGUCAGUGCUGCUUCCAUCAGCUUGUCUGCUGAGCCAAACACCCUGUGAAGAUCUUUCACGAUGGCUUUGGGUAUUUUGUCUAUCUUCUUGAUUGUUCCGUCGCCUGGGAUCUUGAUGUCGUCCAGCGGCAGCUUUUUCAGGCGCUUCAGGACGGCCUGGAGGUCGUCUAUGGUGAACAGCUUUCUGGAUUUGGCCAGGGAUUUAGUGAUCACCAUCUGGAGCAGAGCGCUGAUGACAGGAUGAAGACUUGACGUUUCAGCCUCAACCUCAGACUGAAGAUCUGAUGUUUUAGACUCAGGUUGAGGAGCAGCGAUGAAGUUGGUCAUUGGUUCUGACUCUUCAUACACUGAUGUCAAGCUGCAGAGAGACUCUGAGGGUCUGAGGGCUACAACUGGUGUAGAAACAACAGCCUCAUCAUCCCUGCAGAUUGAUGCAGAACCUGCAGCAUCGCUGGGACCUGGACCAGGACUCGGUUGGGCUGCAGGAAUCUGUGGUUCUUCAGGUGGGGUCGUGAUUGUGAUGAAGAGCUCUGAGAUGUCCUCUAGAGCUCCGGCCACUGCCUCACUGUGAGCCGUUUCCAGCGACAGCUCUUGAACACAAAAUAAGAUAUUUUGUAGGUAUUUUCCCACGACGUCUUCUGUCAUGGCGUACAGGACUUCAGGGGAAGAGGGAAGCUGAGUGCCGACCACCGGCUUAUUGAUCUUGGACAGGACGGUGUCGGACAGACAUCUUCUUGGAGGAGCGACGGGCAUGUAAUAUGUACGACCAACCAUCAGAUGACUGUAUAUUUUAUCAGUCAGUUCCCUUGUUAACUUCCUGAUCUGUUUGUUGAGUCUUUCCUGCACUUUUCUCUGUUUUCCAGCUUCGCCUGUCUGGUCAAAAAUGUCGUACAGUUUGUCAAGAGCAGGUUCGAUGGAGUCAAACUCCACUGAAGCCUGAUCUUUACUGGACUGUGUUGGUGUGACGACCAGGUAGCUCGGUGAAGGUGUUGCCCUUGGAGUCAACCUGGGAGACUGUGGAACACUUCCAGGUAAAGUUAAUUCUUCGUCAGUGCUUUGGAUCAGAGACUGAUCGGACCUCUGUUUCAGAUCCACGAGGAACUCUGAAUCUUUUUUCUUCCAGGCAUUCUUCAGGUCUGAAAUCAUUUUUUCAAACUGCCUUUUAGCAGCCUUGGAAAAGUGACCGUGUUGUUUUUCGCGAGCAGUAAUUUUGGUGCCGGCCGACGAAAAAAAGUUUUUGACCUUCCUCGCGAUCAGGCCCAUGUUAAAAUGAGUUCUGGGAGAUUUUUUAGGAGACGCAGCUCCACUUCCAGACUCACAUAUGUGCAUGUCAUGGAGUAUAGUUGUCAGAAUAUCAGCUGCAACACGUUCAGCCGAGGGAGUGCUGCUGAGGGCCGGGGGAACCCCCUGAGCCUCUCCUGAGACCACAUCUGACACUGAGGACCAUUUCUCCAGAAUGCCCUUCAUAGAGCUGGUCACUGAAGGAACAGAGAUUUUGGACUUUAUGCUUUCGAUGCUCUCGUCCAGGUGACUGUACCUGUACGGCUGUCUGCAGCACAAUCUGCUCAGCCUCACCGCACAUCUUCUCAGACAUGCGGCAGAGUGAGACACUAUCCGACGAAGGGUUUCAAUGCUGAACUUGGUGCCGCUGACGUAAACGGCAGGUUCUGGAGGCAGAACUGGACUGUUGUUGGCCAGAGCCAGAGCAGAGUUAACCCUCUCUGAAACCUCCAUCUCCACCAGCUCAGUCAGCUGUUCGGCACUUUCACACUUUUCCGACGGGACACCGAGAGCCCAGGCGAUGCUGCCGAAGAGGGAGUCUCCCAGGGAAACGUAGAAGUGCCCGCUGUCAGCAGUCCUGGACUCUUCAAGGAUUUUAAGGGUAAUUUUCAGGGUCUCGGCAGCAAGACUCUGAAUUAUGUUGGUGAACACGUCGAUCAGAACAGCGACCGUUGAAACGUCCAGCGUCUCUGUUGCUAACAUGUUCCACUGAAGCUCAGAGAUCUUCUGAAUGCAUCUGGUCACUAUUGGCAAGAUCUCCUCUCUGGAGAGAGUGAUGGUUUCCACUGGUGGCUCAGUCUGGUCCACUGGAUCCAUUGGUGGUUCUGGCUGGACCAGCGGAGAUGGAUCUUUGGAAGAUGUUUUGUGAAUGGGAGGUUUAGCCGAUGUCUGUUCUGUCGGUGGUUCUGGUUCGUCCAGAUUCACAAAGAACACUUUUCCGAGAGUGUCGGUCACCGGUAUUUUACAUUUGUCCUCAUCAUCGAUGUUCAUUGCAAGGGUAUCCUCUGAUUCACAGUUGGUCAUAUCAUCAAUCAGUCUCAAUGCAGCCAUUUCUUCAAAGUUCGUGUCUUUCGGUAAAUCAAACUUGUCGAUGGUAGAAAGUUCUUCUUCCUCUAAGAUGCGUCGGUUCAAGGUUUUCUCUUGAAGUCAGCUGAGUUGUUCUGGAGGAGAAUGUGAUUGGAAUCCAGACGUUGUUCCGAAUUUAUAGACCUUGGGACAUCACUGAUGACAUCACAGAUGACAUCAUUUAGAAUCUGAGCAUGUACAAUGCAGCCCUUUGUGACAUCAUGUGAAAUCACAAACUGGCCUCUUAUGACAUCACACAAACACACACACACACACACACACACACACACACACACACACACACACACACACACACACACACACACAC